AUGCGCAAUUUUCAGCCCUCUGUCGCAUCAUGUUUGUGUCUUGCUGUUAGCAUCUCGUUGAGAGAAGUCAGCCAUGUCUUUGUUGCAGCUUCUGAGACGAACGCAGAAGCAGCUUCUAGCUCUCAUCAGAUAAAAGGCAAACCCAAGACGCCCGGCCCUGAGGACAGAUUUUCUUGCAACCUCAUCUACACAAAUUUUACCCCAAAUGUUCUCAUUCAAUCUGGCUAUGAGGGUGGCUGUCGCGAGCUGUGUGCAUAUCACUUUGUGGAGAUGAUGUGGCAUAUGGCUUCCAUUGUUGAGCCUUGUCAAUACAUCACAGAAUCUACUUGGGACAUCCUCUUCAUUUACCAUCUGCCAAAGGAUGAGCUUGUUCCAGUGGCAGAUUUUCAUCUCUGCGAGCGCUUCUCAUCUCUCACAAAGUGCUUGCGGCCAUUGAUAGCCUGCGACUGCCCUGGUGAGAUGUUUCUUCAUCGGGUGGUCAACAAUACCGACCUCGUGCCUGGAAACCCUACAGCGUGUGAGUCUCGUCAAGUCAUCAAGCGACUCAUGACACUUGUCUCAUCGCAAAGUGGGAGAAGGGCAUCAGAAACAGGAGAAUCAGAUUUGCAGGUCAAGUUUUUGGAUCCAGUGAAUGUGGAAUCUGCAGUCGAUUGCAAAGUAUACAAGUCUGAACGCGAGAUAUACGAUGUGCGCAAACAAUGGACAAAGAAUCAUUCUGCGUCUCAUGAUGCGAUAACGUUUCUCAACUGUACUUUGAAGUUCCAGAUGCCUCUCGCGUACAUCCCAGGCGAUCAAAUCACAUGUCAUUCGGACUUGGAUAACAUGCUUGAUGUCGAAUAUAUCAUGGGGUUCCUCGCUGACUUGCGGAGGCCACUAGAGCAAUUUGCUCAUUCCAGCUAUGAGCACCUCAGAUUUUGGUAA